AUGGUUGACUUUGCAUGCCUCUGGGACCACAGCAAAGGAUACCGAGACGUGAUCGGGACUCUGCCCUGGCAGGUGCCUAGUACCAUCUUCCCCGACAUGGACAAAUAUUGUCACCUAUACGAUGCUGAGGAAUCCAUCCAGAAAUUGGACGACGGAGUCCUCGGUAGACUGUCAGACUUUGAGCUCACGCUCAUAAGGUUAAACCGCAUUGGCCACUUGUGGAGCGUCAUCUGUAGUCCGUACCCGCACUUUGUGGGGAAAAUCGCCAUGGAGCUCAUUGAUAGGAAGAUUGGAUCAUGGGCGUCGAAUGAUGAGGGACCCAAAUAUUACAAGAUGAAGGUUUCGUCUCUGCCCGAGCAGGGCAGGGCAGUCCCCAUGUCAAAGUGGCUCUAUGAGAAUGCUGCGUUCCAAUACGACCCGCAGGCGCAGGAUGCCGUUGAAUAUCUGCAACACGAGGAAUGGAGCUGGGACUUUCCCGUACGCAACCCCGACUCGUCGCUCAUGACGGCUACUGUGCUUGUCAAGACGCCUUUUGGCGCAGGCAACAAGAGAAGCGAGGAUGAAGAGGUAACCAUUGAGAUUAUCGACGAAAAUAUGGAUCUGAAUAUGGAGCAUUACCACAUUGCGGAUCUUUCUGCCAGCUAA